AUGAUUGAACAUUACUUUCUGGCGGCAAUACUUUUAACGCCCAGAUGGCAUCUCUCGAUUAUACCGUUGCCUUCAGGGACGAAUGCACUGUACAGUCCUCAGGGCGCCAGACCGGAUGCAUCUACUGAUGUUGCGCAAGUAGUCUCGACUUUUUUUUUUCUUACCACAUCUAUAGCCUUUUGCAUUCUUAUCUAUCUAUCUAUCUAUCUAUCUAUCUAUCUAUCUAUCUAUCUCUCAGCCCUUUCAUAUCUAUCUAUCUAUCUAUCUAUCUAUCUAUCUAUCUCAGCCCGUUUAUAUGUCUCUAUCUCCGCCCGUUCAUAUCUAUCUAUCUAUAGAUUUAUUUAUUUAAUUAAUUUAGCCCGUUUAUAUCUCUCUAUCGCCAUCUGCUCAUAUCUAUCUAUCUAUCUAUCUAUCUAUCUAUCUAUCUAUGUUCAUUUUUAUAUCUUUCUAUCUAUUUAUUUCAGCCCGUUUAUAUCUAUCUAUCUGUUUCAGCCCGUUUAUACUUCUCUAUCUCCGUCCGUUCAUAUCUAUCUAUCUAUCUAUCUAUCUAUCUAUCUAUCUAUCUAUCUAUCUAUCUAUCUAUGUUCAUUUUCUAUCUAUCUAUCUUCCUGGUUCGAAUAUUCUAUUCUGCUUGCUUUUCUUCUCUUUCUAAUCGAAUCUCCACUUUAUUCUAAUAUUUCUUCUUUUUCUUCAUCACAUUUUCUCCUAUUAUUUCUUCCAUUUCUUCUUUUUCCUCUUCACUUUUAUUCUAAUAUUUUUUCUUUUUUUUUUCACUUUUUCCUUGUACUUCCAUUCCCGUUUCUUUCUCAGACAAUCGUCAAAUUUACAUUUCUCGCUUUCAUUUUUUGUUUUACUCUCUCUCUCUCUCUCUCUCUCUCUCUCUCUCUCUCUCUCUGUUUCGGCCGCUUUCUUUCUAGGUAUUUCUUAUUCUCCAUCGACUUUUUCUAUCUCUUUCCCUCCCUCUCGCUCUCUCUCUCUCUCUCUCUCUCUAUCUUUCUUUUUCUCUCUCUUUAUCUCUCCUCUCUCUCUUUCCCUCUCUCUCGUUUCACUUCUACUUUUCUCUUAAAUGUUUUAUUUAUAUCUCUCUCCUUCUUUCACUCAUUCUUUGUUUGUCACCCUUUCCUUCUCUGA